AGAGAGAGAGAGAGACAGAGAGAGAGAAAGUUCCACCCAGAAAGCAGCAUCAGCACUCAAGGACUCAGUGGGAAGGUGGAAGAAACAGACAGAGGGAGAGUCAGACAGAUAGAGAGACAGACAGACAGAUACAAAAGACAGAGAGAGCGCGAGAGAAUGCCUCACAGAGACAGAGAUAGUGGGGGACGAAGAGAAAGAGGCCAGCAAAACAGCGCGAUGCCUCGACGCCUUUCUUCUCGCCCUCCCCUCUUUCGCGCCGUGACGCAAGCUGUCGGGUAACCCGAGACUGCACAUUGGCAGAGAGCGCGCGCGCAAGACCCUGACUCACCAAAAUCUUCGCUUCUUCCUCCACUUCCCCCCCUCCCACCACCGCUUUCAGUCUUUGAGCCCUCCCUUUUUCACAACUCUGAGCCAUCCUCCCCUCCCGUCCCCCACCCCCACGCGGCACCCCUCCCACCCUUGGCAUCUCCUUCCCAGUCCCUGGAGUUGGUAUGACAGAAACUCAUUAAUGCCGCUUUCCCGACUUUCCCGAGAAGACAGAUAAGCGGGAGGCGGAGGACUUUGAGAAGGCGAAAAAAAAGGGGGUGGUGCGCUCGCGUUUCGCCGAAGCCUGGCCCGCCCUCCAUUUCUUUUCAGUCUGACUUUGCCCGCUGGAUUCCGGGCUGGUUUUUGUUGUUUGUUUGUUUUUUGCUACCCCUUCCCUCCAGCCUGCUCUCCCAGCAGCCAUGAACCGCGCGGGGAAGAAAAACGAGGAGACCCUGAUCGAGAUGGGGCAGACCCACGACGGAGAAGAAAGUAAUGGACCUUUGUUUGAAACUACAUCAAAUACAGAUUCAGAAUUUCCUGCCAAUUCUGAGGGCCUAAGUACCACUGAGACCACAUUGCUCAUCUCUGACCUUCAAGGGAAGUCUGGAAGGAGAUUCAAUCUGUUCCUGAAGCGACGUCUCAGGAUUGAUAAGAGACACCAAAGCAAGGAUUCUGUUUUCUUCAGAGAUGGUAUACGGAGAGUAGACUUUGUACUUACUUACGUGGAUGAUCCAAAAAUGGAUGGAGAAAAAAAAGUGGAUCGAAGGCGAAUGUUUGAGAACAAUCUAGUAAAAUCAGGUCUGGAACUAGAAACUGAAGAUAAGAAGGAGUCUGAAAAUGGCAAAACGUAUUUUGUGAAGAUUCACGCCCCGUGGGAAAUUCUGAUCACUUAUGCAGAAGUGCUCAACAUCAAAAUGCCCAUCAAAGAGAAUGAUAUUCCCUGCCCGGUGGAGAACCCAUUGGACUGCAUAUUCUGGCCAUUUAGGCUACCCGAGAUUGUGAUGCACCCUGAACCUGACUAUUUUACAGCACCAUUUAGCAAAGAAAGACAGGAAUUGUACCUCAUUGAUGAUGAGAAUAUGUUUUUCUCGCCAUCUGUCAGAAACAGAAUAGUUUUUUAUAUUUUAACAAGAUGCUCAUAUGGAACAGAAGAAGGGAAGAGGAAGUUUGGAAUCAAAAGACUUCUAAAUAAUGGAACCUACUCUGCUGCUUACCCUCUUCACGAUUGUCAGUACUGGAAGAAGUCAAAUGAUCCAAAGUGUGAAAAUGAAAGAUAUACAUUAUAUAGGGAAUGGGCCCGUUUUCCUAGGUUUUACAAGGAACAGCCCUUGGAUCUUAUCAGGAAGUAUUAUGGAGAGAAGAUUGGAAUUUAUUUUGCCUGGUUGGGUUUUUAUACUGAGAUGCUAUUCUUUGCAGCUCUUGUUGGUUUCAUUUGUUUUCUAUAUGGUUUGUUCACAAUGAAUGAAAAUAUGAGCAGCAAAGAAAUAUGUAAUCCCAGUAUUGGUGGAGAAAUUAUCAUGUGUCCAUUAUGUGAUAAAAAAUGUGAUUACUGGAGGCUGAAUUCUACUUGUGAGUCUUCACAGUAUUCCCAUUUGUUUGACAAUGUGGCAACCCUCUUUUUUGCAAUAUUUAUGGGCAUCUGGGUUACACUUUUCUUGGAAUUUUGGAAGCGACGACAAGCUCGACUUGAAUAUGAAUGGGAUUUAGUUGAUUUUGAGGAAGAACAGCAGCUACUCCAACUUAGACCAGAGUAUGAAGCAAAAUGUACACAAAAGAGGAAAAAUCCAGUAACUCAGGAGCUGGAGCCUUAUUUACCUCUAACUAGCCAGGCUAUACGGUUCUGCAUCUCAGGAACUACAGUGUUGUUCUGGAUCUCUUUAAUCAUAGCGAGCAUGAUAGCUGUGAUAGUUUACCGCCUUGCAGUCUAUGCUGCUUUUGCCAGCAUCAUGGAGAACACAGAAACCCUGCAACCCAUUCGGGGUUUGUUGACACCACAACUGGCAACGUCAGUCACUGCAUCAUUCCUCAAUUUUGUCAUCAUUAUGAUACUGAAUUUCCUAUAUGAGAGGAUAGCCAUCUGGAUCACAGAUAUGGAAAUACCAAGAACCCACUACGAGUAUGAAAACAGACUUACUAUGAAGAUGUUCCUCUUUCAGUUUGUCAACUACUACUCUUCAUGCUUCUAUGUAGCUUUUUUCAAAGGAAAAUUUGUAGGAUACCCUGGUUCUUAUACAUAUAUGUUCAAUCGCUGGAGAAAUGAAGAGUGUGAUCCUGCAGGAUGCUUGAUAGAACUGACAACCCAGCUCACCAUUGUCAUGGCUGGCAAACAGAUCUGGGGUAAUAUUCAAGAAGCUAUAGUCCCCUGGAUCUAUAAUUGGUGGGGUCGUCGGAAGGCGAGGAGCAACCCAGAGAAUUUGUACAGUCGAUGGGAGCAGGAUCAUGAUUUGCAGAGCUUUGGAGCAUUGGGUCUCUUCUAUGAAUACCUAGAAAUGGUUAUUCAGUUUGGAUUUAUUACUCUGUUUGUGGCCUCUUUUCCUUUGGCACCCCUACUUGCUCUGAUGAACAACAUCUUGGAGAUUAGAGUUGAUUCUUGGAAACUUACAACUCAGUUUCGAAGGCCUGUGGCAGCCAAAGCUCACAGCAUAGGAAUUUGGCAAGAAAUCUUAAAUGGGAUGGCUAUCUUGUCUGUUGUCACAAACGCUUUUAUUGUAGCCUUCACAUCAGAUAUGAUUCCUCGAUUGGUAUACUAUUAUGCCUAUUUUGUGGAUCCUGACUUACCCAUGUCUGGAUAUAUUAAUAAUAGCCUUUCAGUAUUCCAAAUCUCAGAUUUUCCUGAAAAAAACAAACCUGAUCAGAAUCCAGGCAAAUUUACCAGUUGCAGAUACAGGGAUUAUCGAUAUCCACCAGACCAUGAGAAACAGUACAUGCACACAAUGCAAUUCUGGCACAUCCUGGCUGCAAAAAUGGCUUUUAUAAUUAUUAUGGAGCAUGUUGUCUUCAUUGUAAAAUUCUUUGUGGCCUGGAUGAUUCCAGAUGUCCCAUCUGAGGUGAAAGCCAAAAUAAAACGUGAGAAGUACUUAACACAAAAAAUCAUACAUGAGCAUGAACUCAAUAAAUUGAAACAGAAGUUGUUUGAAGGUAGGACCUGUGCCAGCAUGGAAAAGGAAGUCAUAGCUAGUGAAGGAAUAGUGGAGUUAUCAGAAGCCAUGUAACUCGAAGAGUGACCUCUUUGCCUGGAAUUCCAGCCUGUGAAAGUUUGUUGUUCAGAAUCUCCAGUGAGCUCUAUCCAUAGUAUGCCUUGAAAGCUUUCUGGUAUUUUUAACCAAUCUACUUCCUAAAAAUAUUUAGGAAGGAGACAAUAUGGUUUGACUGUUGGGCAGUCAACAGACCUCCCCCCUCCACUUUUUUGGGCUCUUUAACUUUGAAGGCUUCAGCUUUUGGCAUGG